CUGUGAAAAAUGGUACUGACCCUUUGGGAUAGCCAUUACAACAUGACCCGAGACAGAGAUCCCAUUGUGGGAAGUUUUCAUGUUAUAUGCAUCCUGGUCUUCAUAAGUGGAAGCCUGAUUCAGUCCUCUGAUGUACUCGAGCCUGCAGUAGACUAUUCAAACAGGAACCUUACCCAUGUCCCCAAAGACCUGACACCAAGAACAAAAGCCUUAAAUCUGUCUCAAAACUCUAUCCAAGAGCUUCAGAUGUCUGAUGUCAGUAUGCUGCCCGAGUUGAGGGCCCUGAGACUAUCCCAUAACAGAAUCCAAAGACUCAAUUUUGGUGUGUUCAAGUUCAACCCGAAGUUAGAAUACCUGGAUGUGUCCAACAAUCACUUGAGAAACAUCUCUUGCUGCCCUGUGGUGAGCUUGAAGCAUUUAGACCUCUCCUUCAAUGACUUUGAUGUGUUGCCCAUGUGUAAGGAGUUUGGCAACUUGACAAGGCUGAGUUUCUUGGGGUUAAGCGCUACAAAGUUCCGACAUCUGGAUCUGCUCCCAAUUGCUCACUUGCACCUAAACUACAUUCUUCUGGGCUUAGUGGGUUAUCAUGUAAAAGAUGGCGAGACAGAAAGUCUUCAGGUUCUUAAUACCAAGGCUCUCCAUUUGAUCUUUCAUCCAAAUAGCUUGUUCUCUGUGCAAGUGAACAUAUCUGUGAAUGCUUUGGGAUGUUUACAACUGAGUAAUAUUAAAUUGAAUGAUGGAAACUGUCAAAGGUUAACUACAUUUUUAUUAGAACUCACCAGAGGUCCAACCUUAUUAAAUUUGACUCUCUACCAUGUGGAAACAACCUGGAAAUGCUUGGUUGAACUUUUACAAUUCCUUUGGCCACGGCCGGUGGAGUACCUUAACAUUUACAACUUAACGAUAACUGAAAGCAUUAAUUAUGAAAAUUUUACUUACUCCGAGACAGUACUGAAGGCAUUGACAAUAGAGCACAUUACAAACCAGGUGUUCAUCUUUUCAAAGGAGGCGUUGUACUCUUUGUUUGCAGAGAUGAACAUUAGGAUGCUGACCAUCACAGACACGCCUUUCAUCCAUAUGCUCUGCCCUCUGUUACCAAGCACAUUUGUGUUUCUGAACUUUACCCAGAAUGUUUUCACAGACAGUGUUUUCCAAGACUGUUCCACUUUAAAGAGACUGAAUACACUUAUCUUACAAAAGAAUGGCUUGAAGAACCUUUUCAAGGUAGCUCUCAUGACUGAGAAUAUGGCCUCUCUGGAAACUUUGGAUGUUAGUUUGAAUUCCUUGGACUCUCAUGCAUAUGAGAAAACAUGCUCUUGGGCUGAGAGUAUAUUGGUGUUAAAUUUGUCUUCAAAUAUGCUUACUGGCUCUGUCUUCAGAUGCUUGCCUCCUAAGGUCAAGGUCCUUGACCUUCACAACAACAGAAUAAUGAGCAUUCCUCAAAAACUCAUUGCACUAGAAGCUCUGCAGGAACUCGAUGUUGCAUCCAAUUCCUUAAUGGAUCUUCCUGGAUGUGGGGCCUUCAGCAGCCUUUCUGUGCUGGUCAUUGAGCAUAAUUCAGUUUCCCAUCCCUCAGCAGAUUUCUUCCAGAGCUGUCAGAAGAUCAGGUCCAUAAGAGCAGGGAACAACCCAUUCAGAUGUACAUGUGAGCUGAGAGAAUUUGUCAAAAACAUAGGCCAAGUAUCAGAAGUGGUAGAGGGCUGGCCCGAUUCUUACACAUGUGACUCCCCGGAAAGUGCUAAGGGGACCCCAUUGCAGGACUUCCACAUGUCUCCAUUGUCCUGUGAAACUGUUCUGCUGAUUGUCACCAUCGGGGCCACUUUGCUGGUGCUGGCCAUCAUCGUAGCUUUCCUCUGCCACUGCUUUGAUCUGCCCUGGUAUCUAAGGAUGAUGUGUCAGUGGGCACAGACCCGGCACAGGGCCAGGAACAUCCCCAUAGAGGAACUCCAGAGGAACUUCCAGUUCCAUGCUUUUGUCUCAUACAGUGAGCAUGAUUCCACCUGGGUGAAGAAUGAAUUAAUACCAAACCUAGAGAAAGAUGACAUACGGGUUUGCCUCCACGAGAGAAAUUUUAUCCCGGGCAAGAGCAUCGUGGAGAAUAUCAUACAUUUCAUCGAGAAGAGUUACAAGUCCAUCUUUGUGUUGUCUCCACACUUCAUCCAGAGUGAGUGGUGCCAUUAUGAACUCUACUUUGCCCAUCACAAUCUCUUCCAUGAAGGGUCUGAUAACUUAAUCCUGAUCUUGCUGGAACCCAUUCCACAGUACUCCAUUCCUAGCAACUACCACAAGCUUAAAACACUCAUGGCACAGCGGACUUAUUUGGAAUGGCCCAUGGAGAAAAGCAAACAUGGACUUUUUUGGGCCAACCUAAGAGCAACCAUUAAUGUCAAGCUGGUUAACUAAGCAGAAACCAUAUGUCACAUACAGCAAUAAGAAUCUAAGCGACAGUGGAGAAGCUACCUUAAAUGCCCUUCCUCUAUAAUGAGAUUGAUGACUACCUUAAAUGCCAUCCUAGAAGUUUCAUCCAGUGACUGAUGGAAGCAGAAGCAGACAUCCACAGAUAAACACUGAGCCAUGCUCCUAGAAUUCAGUUGUAGAGAGGGAGGAGUAAUGAGCAAAGGGGCCAAGACCACCUGGAGAAAACCACAGAAACAGCUGACCUGACCACAUGGACCCUAGUCAUAAAACUGGAAAACCAGCAUUGAACCAAACCAAACCUUCUGAAUGUGGGUGUCAGUUAGGAGGCCUCUGAUAGUGGAACCAGUAUUUAUCUCUAGUGCACAAAUGGACUUUGGGAGCCCAUUCCCCCCAUGGAGGGCUACUCUCUCUGCCUAGGCCCACCCCCAAAUGAUAUGACAGACUCUGAUGAUCCCCCAUGGGAUGCCUUACCCUUCCUGGGGAGUGGAUGGAGGGGUGCAAUGGAGGAUCAGUGGGAGGCAUGGGAGGAUGGGAGGGAACUAGGAUUGAUAUGUAAAAUAAGGUUGUUUCUAAAUUAAAUUUUAAAAGACUAAAAGAAUAAAGAAUAGUCAUUUCAUA